AGAAGUUAUAUUACCAAUAGUCAACCUACCUUCUAUGUGAGAUAAUUCAUGACGACAAACAAUUUUGAUGGCUAUUGUUUUUAUUUCCGUGUGGACGUUGAUCGCUACGACUGUGCUUGCUUCCAUAUCAAUAAAGCUUGAACCCUCAUUGAUAGAGUUCGGUAAAUCAGGUCUAGAUAUAAGCUGUGUUGUAAAUGAUACCAAUCUCAUCGGCACAACACACAUCUAUCUAAAGAGAUCUGAAAGCUAUGUUGUGUCAGUAACUAUAUUCAAAAUAGCCUGGCAAGAUAAAGCAUUAGAAAAUAAAACGGGGGUAACAGUCAACGGGUCGAUUAACAAUACCAUGACAUCAUAUCUACGUUUGGAAAUAUCUAAAACAGUGGUCAGAUAUCGAGAGGAUAUGGGGUCAUAUCAAUGCAUUCUCAGCGCAGUAACUGCAAGUCAUGAAAUAAAGCGAUAUCAAUCCCAGUCGAUAGUGCUGAACAUAACAGGAUUUCUAGAAUCAACUACAAAACGUUUAUCCACAUCAAACCAUAAAAGUACUGAAGUAUCAGCUCAAAAUGGAUAUCAAGAAAACAGCACAGAAUCAUUUAUCAAUACAGACAAACCACUUCAAAAGAAACGUCUUGUUCUUUACAGAACAAUAAUGAUUCCUAUAACAACAAUUAUAUCCGGUAUGCUUGCUUUUAUUGUUGCUCGAGAGCUUCGAUUACAUUAUUUUGUAUCAAAAGCUACAACAACAGCUAAAAACCACAGAAAAAAAUAUACCAACGGGGUUUAUAUUGUUUGA